CCCACGCAGAAGCCGGUCACUCUCACGCUGGAGACCUCUGCCGCCCUCUACAAGCUUCAGAGCCCACCAAGGAUGAAAUGGCAGCUGAUCUGAGCUCAGGCUUGCUCCACAGCCUGUAGAGUCCGCGUGCACCACCUAGCCGGCUUCAAGGACUAGACACCUGUUGGGUGGGCGCCCCCUCCCGGGCCAGCUCAUACCUGACCCCUACGAGUCUCCGAGCGCCCCCCAUUGGCAGUCCUUCAGGUCCAGUGGACUGGGCCCGCGGCCCCUCUGGCCACCCACACCCUCACAUGGGGAAGGAGUGCAGGUAUGGGGGGUUGCAGUUUAGGGGCGAUUCCAACUUUCGCUAACCACUCAGCCUGAGGGACCAGCGAGUCACCUCCUGAACCAUAGGUUACCUUAGCCACUUGUGAAGCCGAUGCGCCACCUCACUGGCUGGCCCAUGUCCCUUCAAGAAGUGGCAGUGAGACUCUAGCAAAGUCACAGACAACUCUUCUGUCGAGAGUCUUCCCCAAAUUCGAAGACGCAUUCAACUUAACAAAAGAAAACAAAACUGUUUUUGGGUCAGGGUGGCUGGGGAUUUUUUUUUUUUUUGAGGCGAAUCACUCACUGACGCGUUCCAGACGUUAAUAGGCACGAAGUUCCUAACACAUAGCCUGGAAUCUUCUCUCCGUACUUGGGACAGAAGCCGCGUCAUCUAGGGGCCUUCUGGGAACAGCUCCAAAUCAAAAAACGCUCCUUUUCCGGGUCGAUGCUUGGCAGCACAGGCGCCAGGGACAGGCCACCAGACGCGAGGCCACGCGGGCAGCCUCGGUCUUGAGGCUAGGCGGACAGAGGACUGUAGAAGUGAGACUGCCCAGCAACUCUGCAGGUAGCUCCACACUACCCUCCAUCUCCCUGCGGCUUCUGCACUGGACACGGGAUGGAACCUGGGCCGGCAUCUUCAAGGUGACGAGGGAUGCCUGAUCCGUUCGUCCCUCCCGGUGGAUCGGACCGGCCUGACUGUGGAAGGCCUUUGCAGACCAGUGUGAAGAGAGCAAGAGCGCUGGUGGUGGUUGAAUGGGGCCCGGGGAGUGAGGAAGGUGGCUGGGCCGAGGCUGGAGUCGGCGGCAGCAGCGGAGUGCGCGGACGUGGCUGAGAGGACAUGCCAGUGGGAGGGGGUGAGAGCUACGCCCAGUUUGGCCAGGCCUGACUUCACCGCGGCAGGCCGCGGGCUGGGGCGGGAGCGGCUAGAAGAGGCUGCGCGACAAAAGCCUGCACGUCCCUCCCUCCUACCGCUCGCUGCCACUCCUCCGCCUUCACCAGCACUCCCCUCCCAUCGCUUUCUGCCCCUCCCCCGGCCUGGGCUCGGCCUCAGCAGCGGGCGGAGCAGGGGAGGGGCGAGCACCAGACUAUGCAAAUGAGAGUGUGACGGACAGCUCCGCGUUCCAAUGUCCCUCGGAAACUCCAACGCUCCUUCCUCAACUCCUCACUCCCGACUGCAGACUCCCCCAAACCCCGACCGCCGGCCUGGCGCGCGGCUGCGCCCACCGGUUCCGCGCUGCUGCUGCUGCUGCUACUGCCGCCGCCGCCGCCGCCGCCACCCCGCCGAUCCGCCGGCCCGCGGGCCUCCCAGGGUAGUGCCCAGCUCAGCCUGCCCGGGCCCAUAGCCCUGGUGCGCCCCGGCCGGGCGUGGAUGGAGGGCGCCGCGCGCGCUGCCCGCUGCUCUGCGUGACGCGGGCCUCGUGCCCCGCGCCCACCAUGUCCUACCCGCAGGGCUACCUGUACCAAGCGCCCGGCUCGCUGGCGCUCUACUCGUGCCCCGCGUACGGCGCGUCCGCGCUGGCGGCGCCGCGCAGCGAGGAGCUGGCGCGCUCGGCGUCGGGCUCCGCGUUCAGUCCGUACCCCGGCUCGGCGGCCUUCACAGCGCAGGCGGCAACCGGCUUCGGCAGUCCGCUGCAGUACUCCGCAGACGCCGCCGCUGCAGCUGCCGCGGGCUUCCCGUCCUACAUGGGCUCGCCAUACGACACGCACACCACCGGCAUGACUGGCGCCAUCAGCUAUCACCCAUAUGGCAGCGCGGCCUACCCUUACCAGCUCAACGACCCCGCGUACCGCAAGAACGCCACGCGGGACGCCACUGCCACACUGAAGGCCUGGCUCAACGAGCACCGCAAGAACCCGUACCCCACCAAGGGAGAGAAGAUUAUGCUGGCCAUCAUCACCAAGAUGACCCUCACGCAGGUCUCCACCUGGUUCGCCAACGCCCGCCGGCGCCUCAAGAAGGAGAACAAGAUGACCUGGGCCCCGAGGAACAAAAGCGAGGACGAGGACGAGGACGAAGGAGAUGCUGCCAGGAACAAGGAGGAGAGUCCCGACAAGGCUCAGGACGGCACAGAGACCUCCGCAGAGGACGAAGGGAUUAGUCUGCACGUCGACUCGCUCACGGACCACUCGUGCUCAGCGGAGUCAGAUGGGGAGAAAGUGCCCUGCCGCCCCGGGGAUCCCUUGUGCGAAUCAGGCUCGGAGUGUAAGGACAAGUUUGAGGACCUGGAGGAUGAGGAGGAUGAGGAAGACGAAUGCGAGCAGGACCUGGCGCCUCCCAAGCCUGUGACCUCCUCUCCGCUCACCGGCGUGGAGGCACCCCUGCUGAGCCCGGCGCCCGAAGUCGCGCCGCGCGGUGGCAGCGGUGGCAAGACGCCCCUAGGCAGCCGGACGUCGCCUGGAGCGCCUCCGCCCCCCAACAAGCCCAAGCUAUGGUCGCUGGCCGAGAUCGCCACUUCGGACCUCAAGCAGCCAAGCUUGGGCCUGGGUUGCGGACCUCCGGGGCUUCCAGCUGCCGCCGCGCCUGCCUCAUCUGGGGCCCCUCCGGGAGGCUCGCCCUACUCAGCCUCUCCGCUGCUGGGCCGCCACCUCUACUAUACGUCGCCUUUCUAUGGCAAUUACACAAACUACGGGAACUUGAACGCCGCGCUGCAAGGCCAGAGCCUUCUGCGGUACAACGCUGCGGCCUCCGCACCAGGCGAGACACUACACGCCAUGCCCAAGGCGGCUAGCGACGCAGGCAAGACGGGCUCGCACCCGCUGGAGUCCCACUACAGGCCUCCUGGCGGCGGCUACGAGCCCAAGAAAGAUGCCAGUGAGGGCUGUGCAGUUGUUGGCGCAGGAGUCCAGCCCUACCUAUAGGAGGGCCAAGCUCAGCAGUGCAAGUAGGUGUCACAAUUGCUUUGGAAAAAAAUAAAUAAAAGUCAGGAGGCCAUUCUCCUUCCCCAAGCUCAUAAGUACACAGAUACAAACCCCAGAUGUGGAAAUCCGGACCACAUUUUGUGCCACUGUAAAGGAGGAUGCGCACUGCACUACCAGCCCACAGACACUAAAGACCGGACACACGUUGUUGGGCAUAUGUGAAUUUAUUGGCAUAGUAUAGCUUCCCCAUGUUUGUGUGACUUUUGGAAACAAUCUGUUUUUUCUCAGGAUAUCUUGAUCACUUCAUUGCCACGGUAUAUAUUCUAUAGGUGUGAUAGGACUUGCUGUAAAAUUUAUUUGUAAAAAAAAUGUACACGGUAGAACUAAUGUGAUUGAAGAACUUAAGUCCUUCAGAAGUGGAAACAAAUUUGAUAUUUAUUUUUAUAAUGAUAUAAAGCUUCUAGUAAUUUAUGCAAGUUGUAUUGCAAUGAAAUCUAAAACUUUUGUAAAUAAAUUCUGCCUGGUUUUUAUUUGAACAUUGCUGGUUAUACAAUCUCUGUUGGUUGUUUAACAUGAAUUCUCUACUAAUUUAUAUCUAAAAUUGUAAAUAAAAACAAACUAGCCUACAAGAAAAUGGUGUUCAGGGCUCAUUUUUACUGGGCAGUGAUUUGGGUAGGAGGCCUAGGGUGGCCAUGGUUCCCCCUCAUCCCGUCCCCCACCGGCAGGUGAUCCUAGCUCAUUUUUUAAAUGAAGAGCCUAGUCAGUGAAAUAAACUUCUUCCUUGAGCUUAUUUGAAAUUCCAGACAGGAGAGGGGAAGGUAUAAAUGUACAAUGGGGAGAUACCUAUGGUUCCAGAUGAUUUACAUACAAAUGUGUUGCAAGAAAAUAAUUCAGAUUUUUUUGUUCUCUGAAUAUGCAAAUCCCUACUUAGUGUAAAUUUCUAAAACCUGGAAAAAUAAAAGGAUAUGCCACCUC